AACACAUUUUCACAUUAAAAAUGGAGAAGCUACAGAAGAUGAUCUCGGAGAAGUCGGUAGUGAUCUUUAGCAAGAACUCGUGCUGCAUGUCUCACACAAUCAAGACUCUCUUUUUAGACUUUGGCGUAAACCCGACGAUCUAUGAGUUAGACGAGAUCAACAAGGGAAAGGAGAUAGAGCAAGCAUUGGCUCAGCUUGGCUGCAGCCCCACCGUGCCGGUGGUGUUCAUAGGAGGUCAGCUGGUCGGUGGAGCCAAUCAAGUCAUGAGUCUUCAUCUCAAUCGCUCUCUUGUUCCGAUGCUUAAGCGAGUUGGGGCGUUAUGGCUUUGAUAAAUAUCGACAGAUACCUACGUCAGAUGGUCGUUUUGAUGAUAAUAAUAAUAAUAAUAAAUAUAAUGUAUUAAAACUAAUUAAAAAAGCGACAAAAAGCAGAUACGUGUAUUUAUUCUAUGAAUGUUUUGUCAAUCUAACUAAGUUUUGUAAAGGAUAUAUCUAAUAAUAAAAUAGCUAGUUUUGGUCUCA